AUGGCCAAUGGUCACCACCAGUUAUCGCCUACAGUGUUGCCGUCGCUCACCUUCUCAGUGAAUGAUCAAGCAUCGGGUUUCAUCUUUUCCCAUUAUGUCCGAAAUGGAAGGCACACUCGAGGUCAUUUUGACUUCCUUCCGGCCCUUAUUCGGACAGAUACUAGUCCCGCGGUCACAGCCUGCAUCAGCGCCCUAGGGCUCGCGUCCCUGGCUAAUAUCCAUAUGUCGCCCGAGUUAAUGUCAGCUGCACGGCGUGAGUAUAGUGCGGCACUGUCAGCGACUGGUGUAGCCCUACGCGACCGGGAAUGUGCCCGGUCUGAUUCAACCUUAGCAGCAGUUGAGCUCUUGUCACUCUAUGAGAUCGUGACGUGCGAGGGCCCACCGUUAAUAGGGCGCUGGUUGAACCAUAUCGAAGGCGGAGUGAAACUGAUCGAGCUUCGCGGAUUCGAGCAAAUACACCAUCAGGCGGGCUUGGAGCUGUUCACUCAGAUUCGGCUGCAAAUUGCACUGGGAAAUUUAUACAAGAAGCAACGUACUCCGUCAUGGCUGCUCGACUUAUCCAAAGAGGCUCUCAAGCACCGCGGCGAUACCGGGGACCAGGUGCUUGACUACUUCUUUCGAAUCCUGGUGGAAGUCGGUGAUCUGGCUGCCGAUAUCAACGAGGGCGCUUUCGCCCACCCGGCUAGAGUUCUUCAGAAAGCUCUCAACCUGGAUGCAGAGCUGAUAACGUGGGCGAUGAGCAUCGAUGCGAAAUGGAAAUAUACCGUUGUGAAGGUCAAACGGUUCGAAGGUGAAAACAGUACACUACACCCUGUAUACGGCGAUCAUUAUCACAUCUACCCCAACAUCGCAGUGAGCAUGGCUUGGAACCAUUAUCGGUUCAUUCGCAUCAUUCUUCACGGCAUCAUUGGAUACGUUUCCGCCACGUACUUUCCAGCAGCUGAAAAGGGGUCAUGCGGGCAAAGCGAGAGGCACAGCGCCGCGAUCUCGCAGCAGCUAGCGGAGGAUAUAUGUGCCAGUGUGCCGUAUCAUCUGGGCAUGACUGGUUCAUCCGGUGGGUCAACCUUGGGUAUUCCCUUCGCAGGCGGUGUUCUUCGGUUGAUGUGGCCCCUUUUCAUUGCAUCCGAUUGCUCGGGUGCGUCACUGAAGAUGCGUACGUGGAUUGCGCAGUGUCUGGAUAAAAUCGGACAUGUCGUGGGGGUCAACAUGGCGGUUACCAUGUCCCAGAUCCUUCGAGCUGACAUGCACCUUAACUGGCUGGAGGAAGAAGAAACCAAUAUCGUGAAACGAUCAUAUCUUGUACGUAACGAAUAUUGGACACCUGACACAUAA